AUGCCGUGUUUUCAGUGUGGCAGAAAGUUCGGUUUUGCAGCUAAAGAAGUUGCUUGUAGAAGUUGUAAUCGAAUCUUCUGUUCCAAAUGCGUGAAAUAUAAAGUGGUGCUGCCGGAGCACGGUAACAAACAAUGUGAAGUCUGCUUCAGCUGUUAUGACAAGGCCACAAAUCCCGAUCAACCGGUCGCACCGAAACUCGAACCACCAAAGAUACUUCUAGAUCGUAUGGAAGCACUUGGAAUUAGUUCAUCUGGUGUUCCUUCUUCUGUCCCGGGAGCAUGUGGAGGUGGAGGAUGUGCAGUAAGGAAUCGAUCGCACAGCCCGGCAGUCCCGCAUAUUGGUGAGCUAGAACUGCGUUUAGAUGCACUCAGGGAUGUGCCGAAACCCGACGAGGUUCCUUCGCACGAGGAGUUACAAGAACGGUUGCGGAAGUUGAGGGAAUCGGAUCAUGUUCAGCAAAAUAUAUCCAAUCCAGUCAAAUCUGACAAAGUGUCAAACCUCAUUGACCAGGUGCACGCGGAAAGAAAUAUCGAUGGUGGUGCUACGGUGAACUUAGACGGGAGCGAUGAAGGAGAACUUCCAUGGUGUUGUAUAUGCAACAAGAAUGCCCAGGUCUGCUGCGUCGACUGUGAUGGGGACCUUUUCUGCAAGGCCUGUUACCGUACAUUUCCUCCGUCUGUUCGCUCACGAAACUGUUAUUUGUGCAUUGUUAGACGUAGUCACCGAAGUGGAGAAGAAAAACACCAUCAGUGGGAGCCUUUUGCUCCAAGCCGUCGGGUUCAAUAA